CAGCCCCGUUUGAUCUGUGGAUGAAAUCAAUCAUGAUUUUCAAGCUCUUGCACUAGAAUCUCAGGGAAUGGGAGAGCUUUUGCCUACCAAAAAGUUUUGGGAACCUGAUGAUUCAACAAAAGAUGGACAAAAAGGCAUAUUUCUUGGGGAUGAUGAAUGGAGAGAGACUGCAUGGGGAACUUCUCAUCAUUCAAUGUCCCAGCCUAUUAUGGUACAGAGAAGAUCUGGACAGGGUUUUCAUGGAAACAGUGAAGUAAAUGCAAUACUGUCUCUGUGAUCAUAAAGUGGAGGCCUUGGUGUGAGCAUGGUAGAAUAUGUAUUAAGUUCUCCUGCUGAUAAAUUGGAUUCUCGUUUUAGGAAAGGAACUUUUGGCACUAGAGAUGCUGAAACAGAUGGACCUGAGAAAGGAGAUCAAAAAGGCAAGGCUUCUCCAUUUGAGAAGGACCAAAACAGAGAUCUUAAACAAGGAGAUGAUGAUGAUUCUAAAAUAAAUGGCAGAAGUUUGCCAAAUGGAAUGGAUGCCGAUUGGAAAGAUUUUAAUCGUACUCCUGGAAGUCGUGAGGCCUCUCCAACUGAAGUAGUUGAGUGCCUUGGCCCCAAUACUAAUCCCCAAGAAGGAUUGGGUCCUCUUCCUAAUCCUACAGCUAAUAAGCCACUUGUUAAAGAAUUUUCAAAUCCUGAAACUCAGAAUCUGGAUGGCAUGGAACAAGUUGGUCUGGAUUCCUUACAGUUCGACUAUCCUGGUAACCAUGUACCCAUGGACUCUUCAGGAGCUACUGUAGGCCUCUUUGAGUACAUUUCCCAGCAGCAGCUCUUUCAGAGGACUAAUGCAUUUACAGUUCAGCAGUUAACUGCAGCUCAACAGCAGCAAUAUGCAUUAGCAGCAGUUCAGCAGCCACAUAUCCCUGGUGUAUUCUCAGGAGGCCUUGCUCCAGCUGCAUUUGUGCCAAAUCCAUAUAUUAUUAGUGCUGCUCCUCCAGGGACUGAUCCAUAUACUGCAGCAGGAUUGGCUGCAGCAGCAACAUUAGCAGGUCCAGCUGUGGUUCCACCUCAGUAUUAUGGUGUUCCAUGGGGGAUGUAUCCAGCCAACUUAUUUCAGCAACAAGCUGCAGCUGCAGCAAACAAUACAGCCAAUCAGCAAGCAGCCUCACAAGCUCAGCCUGGACAGCAACAGGUUCUUCGUGCUGGAGCAGGUCAGCGUCUUCUUACUCCCAAUCAGGGUCAACAAGGGCAGCAAGCAGAAUCACUUGCAGCAGCUGCAAAUCCAACUUUGGCAUUUGGUCAGGGUCUUGCUACAGGCAUGCCAGGAUAUCAAGUACUAGCUCCAACUGCCUAUUAUGAUCAGACCGGUGCCUUAGUGGUUGGCCCUGGAGCAAGAACUGGCCUUGGAGCUCCAGUUCGAUUAAUGGCUCUAACACCUGUUUUAAUUAGUUCAGCAGCAGCACAGGCUGCAGCAGCAGCAGCAGCUGGAGGAACUGCAAAUAGCCUUACAGGCAGUACAAAUGGUCUGUUUCGGCCAAUUGGCACUCAGCCGCCUCAGCAGCAACAGCAACAGCAGCCAAGCACUAAUCUGCAGUCUAAUUCGUUUUAUGGGAGCAGUUCUUUGAGUAAUAGCUCCCAGAGCAGUUCUUUAUUUUCUCAUGGACCUGGUCAACCUGGAAGUACAUCUCUUGGAUUUGGAAGUGGUAGUUCUUUGGGUGCUGCUAUAGGCUCAGCCCUCAGUGGAUUUGGUUCAUGAAGAGGACUGACAAAUGGUAGUGGUCGAUAUAUCUCUGCAGCACCUGGAGUAGAAGCAAAAUAUCGAAGUGCUUCAAGCACUUCCAGUCUAUUUAGCUCCAGCAGCCAGUUCUUUCCUCCUUCUCGGCUUCGGUAUAAUAGGUCUGAUAUUAUGCCCUCUGGCUGCAGUAGAUUAUUGGAAGAUUUCAGAAACAACCGCUUCCCAAACCUUCAACUUAGAGACUUGAAUGGACAUAUAGUUGAGUUUUCUCAAGACCAGCAUGGUUCUAGGUUUAUACAGCAAAAGUUAGAGAGAGCUACUCCAGCCGAGCGACAGAUGGUAUUUAAUGAAAUUUUACAGGCGGCUUAUCAAUUAAUGACUGAUGUUUUUGGCAACUACGUUAUACAGAAGUUUUUUGAGUUUGGGAGUUUGGAUCAAAAAUUAGCCUUGGCUACUCGUAUUCAUGGUCAUGUUUUGCCUUUAGCCUUACAGAUGUAUGGCUGCCAUGUUAUUCAAAAAGCAUUAGAGUCUAUUUCUUCUGACCAGCAGGUAAUUAGUGAAAUGGUAAAGGAGCUAGAUGGUCAUGUUCUCAAAUGUGUGAAAGAUCAGAAUGGAAACCACGUUGUACAAAAAUGUAUUGAAUGUGUUCAGCCACAGUCACUGCAGUUCAUCAUUGAUGAAGGACAAGUAUUUGUGCUCUCCACCCAUCCUUAUGGCUGCAGAGUAAUUCAGCGUAUUCUAGAGCAUUGUACUGCAGAACAGACCUUACCCAUCUUGGAAGAACUUCACCAACAUACAGAGCAGUUAGUACAGGAUCAGUAUGGCAAUUACGUUAUUCAGCAUGUACUGGAACAUGGUCGACCUGAAGACAAGAGCAAAAUUGUUUCUGAAAUCAGAGGAAAGGUGUUAGCUCUGAGUCAACACAAAUUUGCCAGCAAUGUGGUAGAAAAGUGUGUUACUCAUGCCUCCCGUGCUGAGAGAGCUUUUCUGAUUGAUGAAGUUUGCUGCCAGAAUGGUGGUCCUCACAGUGCCUUAUACACCAUGAUGAAGGAUCAGUAUGCCAAUUAUGUGGUUCAGAAGAUGAUUGAUAUGGCUGAACCUGCUCAGAGAAAGAUAAUCAUGCACAAGAUUCGACCUCACAUUACUACUUUGCGCAAAUACACAUAUGGAAAGCAUAUACUGGUCAAGUUGGAAAAAUAUUAUUUGAAAAAUAGCCCAGAUCUAGGACCUACUGGAGGACCACCAAAUGGAAUGCUGUAAAGGAAAAAAGAAGGAAGAUGAUUUAACCCUGUGAGAAGAAUAUUUCUUUUGUGAAUUAUCAAAACACAACUCAACUAUGAAUCUUCAAUUUUUUUUAAUGCAAAAGUAUUUAUUGACUUUAUUCAUCCAUUUGUAAAUUUUUUAAGGUUCUUGUGUAUAUUUGGGGGUGGGGGUGGUGAAUUAUAAAUUAUAUUCAGCCCUGAAUGGAGACCUAUCAGAUUGGAUUGCUGGCAAAGCACAGAAUGCCUGUAUAUGAUGUAACUGUAUCAAAAAAAAAGUUGUCACAUAUUUUGUAAAUUUUUAUCUUGUAAAGUCACAAAAAUAGUUUUUAAAGGAAAAAGUACAGUAUUCUUUUAAAAAACUGGCUUGCAGUCUGGUAGGUCUACAACCCCAUAGCACAACAGGUUUAUAGAGAUGUAUAUAGAAUUAUAGUCCUUAUU